AUGACACCCUCUCCCACAGCCACAUCUUCGCCAACGGCAUCUGCAACUUGCCUCAAUGUGCCACCGGGGAAAAAUGGAUACUUGCCCCCAGAGGCAUGCAAUGCAAUCUUGUUCUAUGUACCGUCGCUCGCUGCUGCCAUACUGUUUUGCGUCCUCUACGGAUUGACGAGCGGUAUCCAUAUUGUGCAAGCAGUUUUGUAUAAGAAGAAAUAUGCGUGGGUUGUCAUCAUGGGUGGAACGUGGGAGCUUCUUGCUUUUGUAUUCCGAGCUCUGCUCACACGCAACCAAGCAUCUGAUACGUGGGACACACUCUAUACAGUCUUCUUCUUGCUUGCACCAAUCUGGAUCAACGCGUUCCUGUACAUGACAAUCGGCCGUAUGCUAUAUUAUUAUCACCCCGACCGGAGAAUCUUCCGUAUUUCUGCCCGCCGCUUUGGCGUCAUCUUUGUGUGUUUAGAUAUUGUGGCUUUCGUCGUUCAGGCCGCCGGCGCGAUAAUGACAACAAACCAGGGUGGAGGCAGCAUUGUACUGGAUGGGAUCCAUAUCUAUAUGGGUGGCAUUGGACUUCAAGAAGUAUUUAUUCUUUGCUUCACUGGACUCACCAUCCAACUACACCGAAUGCUCAUUCAAUUGGAGAAGCGAGGGGAGCAAUCUGACAAGCUUGCUUCAGGCCCCAUUCCAUGGCGGUGGCUCUUCUAUUCUACCUACUUUGCACUGGUCAUGAUCACCAUUCGUAUCAUUUUCCGAAUCGCUCAGUACGCCAAAGGCUACGAGGUCAACAACCCGGUCUGA